AUGUUCUACGUGGACAACGUACUUUUUGGUGGAAACAAUUUGGUAGAAGUGAGAGACCUCCAACGAGAGUUGAUUUCGCUACUGCAACGCGGAGGUUUUCAUCUACACAAGUGGGCUGCAAACGAUGAACGACUCCUGGACUCUAUUCCUGAGGAGGAUCGUGAUAAACUGGUGAAGAUUGAAGAAUCUAGUGCCAAUAAGGUAAUUAAGACCCUUGGGGUUAUGUGGGAUCCGGUCGGAGAUGAUUUUCUGCUCCGGGCACAAUCUGACUGCAACAAUCCAGCACCGACAAAACGGCAAGUUCUGUCAGUUAUAGCAAGGCUUUUCGAUCCCCUCGGCUUGUUGUCACCAGUAAUCGUUCUCGCAAAGGUUUUGAUGCAGAAGCUGUGGAAGAACAAAAUGGAUUGGGACGAUCGGCUGGAUGAAGAGCUACUCGACGACUGGAGAUAUUUUUUGAACGCGCUGCCACUUGCAGAGGACUUCCGAGUUCCUCGGCGGGUAAUUUUGGAGGAAGCGGCAAGGAUCGAAAUCCAUGGAUUUGCAGACGCGUCAAAUACAGCCUACGGAGCAUGCGUGUACCUUCGGUCGGUGCAUUCCGAUGGUACUGCGAGUUCGAGCUUAGUUACAAGCAAGUCAAAAGUCUGUUCCCUAACGCCUAUGUCCAUCCCGCGCAAGGAGCUGAUGGCAGCUCUACUCCUGCAUCGAUUGGUUAAGAAAGUGGUUGAGGCGAUGGAAUUGGAGCACAUCUCGGUUACUCUCUGGUCCGACAGCCAGGUGGUUAUUGCGUGGCUAAACAAGCCGUUGGACUGCCUGCAAGUAUUCGUGAGGAAUCGUGUAGCCGAGAUUACAAGCGAAAGUGAACAUGUUUGGAAGUACGUUCGCUCUGCAGACAACCCAGCAGAUAUUGUAUCCCGAGGCAUGCCAGCGAAAGCGCUCGCGACGAGCAACCUAUGGUGGAAUGGACCGUUUUUCCUGUGCAGUGCAGCAUAUGACGAAGUGGUUCCUGCAGCUCUGGAAGAUGGAGAGAUUCCUGAACUGAAGGCGGCAGUAUCUGUCAACGUGGCAACUGUAUACGAGGAGCUUCCGAUAUUGACAAAGUUUGAGUCAUUUCGGAAGACACAAAGGAUCAUCGCCUACGUUUUAAGGUUCAUCAAAAACUGCCGUAAGAUUGGUGAACGAAGCACUGCAACGACGCCCACGAUUUCUGAACUGAAGGAGGCAAACAAGCGGAUCAUCCAAGCGAUCCAGAGGAGCGAACUUCAGGAUGAAAUCGAUCGCCUGCAAGCGGGGGAGCCAUGCAAGAGAAUCGGCAAUCUGAAUCCUUUCUUGGACGACGGAUUACUACGAGUUGGAGGUAGAAUUCGUCACAGCAAACUAGCAUACGAGGUAAAGCAUCAAUGGAUCGUUCCGGACAAGCAUCCCGUAACGAGAAGACUCAUCGCAGCGGUACAUAGAGAAAACCUGCAUGCUGGUCCGAGUAGCGUGAUCACAGCCCUAAGAGAGCGCUACUGGAUACUGAACGCCAGAUCGACGGUACGAAAGGUGACGAGAAGUUGCAUCACUUGCUUCAAAUCAAGCCCGAAGCUUGCUGAGCAGUUCAUGGGAGACUUACCAUCGUAUCGCAUCACCGCUGCACCAACGUUUUUGAAAGUUGGAGUAGACUUCGCUGGACCUAUCUACAUAAAGCAAACCACCAGGAAAGCAGCUCCAGUAAAAGGCUACAUAUGCGUAUUUGUCUGUAUGGUUUCGAAGGCAAUGCACUUGGAAGUGGUGGAGAACCUAUCCACUGAAGCGUUUUUGGCAGCAUUACAAAGAUUCGUAUCCAGAAGAGGAGUACCCGAGGAAGUGUAUAGCGACAACGGAACGAAUUUCAUCGGCGCGCGAUCAGAGCUUCGUGAGUUGUACGAGCUCUUCAAGUCCGACCUAACCAACGGUAAGCUAUCACAGUUCUGUCAAGUCAAGGAGAUUAAGUGGACCACGAUUCCCCCAAAUGCGCCUCACUUUGGCGGGCUAUGGGAGGCGGGUGUUAAAAGCGUGAAGUCUGUUCUGAAGAAAGUCUAUCAGUCCGCCUCUCUGACAAUAAUGGAAUUUGCGACCUUGCUGUGUCAAAUCGAGGCUAUUCUAAACUUUAGACCUCUUUUUGCACAUUCCUCUGACCCCAAUGACCCAACCGUUUUAACCCCUGGCCAUUUAAUGAUCAAUAGACCUUUAACUGCUAUCCCUGAGCCUAGUCUUGAUGACAUCCCCAUCAACCGCCUGUCAAAAUGGCAGCACAUUCAGCUUCUUCGACAGCAUUUUCGGCAACGCUGGUCGAAAGAAUAUUUGUUAGAGCUUCAAUGUCGUUCGAAGUGGACGAAGAAGCACGUCAAUGUAGUCCCUAACAUGAUCGUCCUGUUGAAGGAAGAUAACGUACCACCUCAACAGUGGAAAAUGGGUAGAAUCGUCAAAACCUAUCCAGGUCCCGAUGAUCUCACUCGUGUCGUCGACGUUCGUGUGGGCACCAGCGUUUUCAAGCGGCCAAUCCACAAGUUGGCACCCCUGCCCAUCCUCGAAGAAGAACCAGUACGUUCAACACAUCAGGACGAAGAUUCCAAGGAGCCACCAGUGUCUCUCUUUUCCCGGGUGGCAGCAUGUUCAGUCCGCAACGCUGCGAACUGA